AUGACAUUAGACGGACAGGAUUUGAAGUGGCUGGAGUCUCAUGAUUUCGCGUCGUGGGGGACUCACGUAUCUCGCACGCUGGAGAGGAAGCACCCAGGACCGCACGAGAGUUUCAGCUUGUCUGGAGCUUGCACGGGAACCCUGAAUAACCACAUCGUCGUCAUUGUUGGAGGCAAGGAAGAGCUACCAAGCGAAAACUUCUCGAGUGUAUCACGACUUGAUUUGUUUGACUUGCACACUACCGAAUGGCUCACUGGUUAUGAUGUCAACGGUGAACUCACUCAUCGUAUUGGGCACUCUGUGGUCACACUGGACAAGAAGGCUUACACCUUUGGAGGUGAGCCUCUAGACCGGUGUGCUGGCUUCGAACAACAGCUCAUAGGCGACGUUUUCGAGAUCAGCUACCAGGACAACGUUCUGUACUGCAUGGACAUCACUCCGAUCAGUGGCGACGGGACGGAUCCUACAAUUCCACUUUCUCCUGCCCCCUGCGGAAGAGCAUGGCAUGCCAGCGCUGCAGUUGCAUACCGAGAAACCACAAGCGGUCCUGAAAGCCCUCCAACUCAAGGCAUGGUCGUCGUCGGGGGGAAAAACUUGCAAUGCGCUACCCUGUCGGAUAUCUGGAUGCUGAUAAUAAAUGCUCCAGGACACAAGCCUCGCUGGCAGCAGCUGUCGCCUACUGGCAUUAGCCCACUCCCCUUGGCCUACCAUAAUGCUGUCUCAAUUGGUGAAGGUGACAAGAUUGUAGUUCUUGGAGGCAGACAAAAAUCAUCGAUAAACUCGUCCAUUCACGUCUUGGACUUAGUAGCUAACACGUGGAGUGCCAUCACUAUCGCAAGCGAAACACCUGAAAGCAGCCUCACCCCUCGAGUUCUCACCGCACGAUGUUGCGCUACCGCGUUAGCCGUGCAACUUCCGAUCGACGAGGAGACAGGAGUAAUUCGAAGAAUCAAGGCGGGUGACAAGUCUUGCAAUCCUCAAGAAGCAAUCGUGGUUUUUGGUGGCUUCUCCGAGUAUGAACCAGCUCUGAGUGCGUCGUCGAUGAUCGUCCUUGAGCCUCAACGUCCACGUAUCCGUGAGAUACAAGUGCCAACAGCUGAAAUUCCGAGCUACAUGGGCCACGCCACAGCAGUACGCCCGGAUAAACGAGGAUUCUUCUUGUUUGGCGGUGUUCCGAUGCCACAGGAGGGACAGCUGCAGUCAUUUCUUGACUCAACAACAGUAUUGGACUUCUGGGAGACACCGGCAAGUUUUCCUAGUGAGGCGGAGGAAGAGGCUCAACGUCAAGCUGACGCCAACCCGAUCAAAACUAAGAUAUUGAGUAAUGGAGACGUGUACGUAGGAGAAAUGAACGCUGAUCAGACGCAGCGUCAUGGCAAAGGUAAAUGUACUUAUGCUAACGGAGAUGAGUACGACGGUGACUGGCGAGAUGAUCAACGCUGUGGCCAAGGUGUCAUGCGCUACGGUAGUAGCCAAGACGUGUAUUCUGGUCGAUGGGAGCACGAUCGACGUCACGGAUACGGGAUCUAUGAAUUCCAUCUACGUGAGUCUUUCAGUGUGGCUCAACAACUGCAACCGAAGCGAUACGAAGGUCAAUGGGUGCACGAUCGAAAGCACGGUACGGGAACUCUUACGUUUUCCAAUGGCACAAAACUUGUGGGUACAUGGGUCGACGAUGUAUUUGAUACUCGGCAACAAAGUUGUCUUGAAGGGUACGACGACGGUCAGAAUGGUAUCUGUCGAUACGAAGGCGAAGUGUGUGAUGGUGUCCCUCACGGUCAAGGUGAAAGCCACCAUGUUUCGGGCGAGGUAUACAAGGGCGGCUGGAUAACCGGACGUCGUUCUGGACAUGGUGUUUCUACUCUGCGAGACGGAUCUGUGUACCGCGGUGAAUGGCGCAACGGUAGACGUAAUGGCUUCGGUGUAUUUGACGACGCUCGGACUCGAGCUCACUAUGACGGGAAAUGGGUGGGCGGCGUGCGUUGCGGUCACGGAAUGUGCAAAUAUGCCAAUGGGUGUGAGUACGACGGCGACUGGCUGAACGAUGUACGCCAUGGAACCGGCAGCUACACGGUACUCGACGGCACGAGCUACCACGGGGCAUGGCUUGACGACAAGUUCUGCGGGGACGGGUCGUUUAUGCUCAGCAUCGAAGACAAUGACACUGGUGCCCAGAAUUAUGAAGCAGCCGAAUGA